CCAAACUGCUUCAGUUCCCUUUUGGAGCAAGUACUUUUCCUGUUCUUUCAGAGGGGAGCCUGAUCCACUGUGAAAAAUACCAGCUAUUAAAUGUGUCCUGAAAGAUUAAAAAAAUGAGAUUUCCAGCGAAGAUUGUAUGGCUUCUAUUAUGGACUGUUUGUGUAGCACAAGAUUGUCGCGAACCUCCUCCAGGAAUAAAACCAGAAAUUCUGACAGGUUCCUGGUCUGACCAAACAUAUGCAGAAGGCACUAAGGCAACAUACAAAUGUCUCCCAGGAUAUAGAACCCUCGGAUCUAUUGUACGAGUGUGCAAGGAAGGAAAUUGGAAGUCUCUUAACCCCAGCAGGGUAUGUCAGAAAAGACCCUGUGGACAUCCUGGAGACACUCCCUUUGGCUCUUUCCAUCUUGAAAAUGGAGAGGCCUUUCACUACGGUGCAAAAGCUGUUUAUACAUGUGAUGAUGGGUAUCAGUUACUUGGCAUGAUUAAUUACAGGGAAUGUGAUGCAGAUGGAUGGACCAAUGAUGUUCCGAUCUGUGAAGUUAUUAAGUGUGCACCAGUGACAGAACCAAAGAAUGGGAAAGUUCUUGGUGUACUGGAUAUAGAUCGGGAAUUUACUUAUGGACAAGUGGCACGAUUUGAGUGUGAUUCAGGCUACAGGCUUGAUGGGUCUAAAGAAAUACACUGCUCAACAGGUGGUGAAUGGAGUGAUGCCAUCCCAAAAUGUGUGGAAAUUUCCUGCGAAUUACCAAAUGUUCCAAAUGCGAUUCCCAUAUCUAAUAAGAAAAGUUAUAAAGAAAAUGAACGAUUUCAAUAUAAAUGUAAUAGCGGCUAUGUUUUUGCUGACAGAGGAGAUGCCGUAUGCACUAAAUUUGGAUGGAGUCCAAGUCCCUCUUGUAAAGAAGUCACAUGUUCUCCUCCUUAUAUUCAAAAUGGUAUCAUCAGACCUGAAAAACCCAUAUAUACUGGUGACGAGUUAGUCACAUAUGAAUGCAAAAAUAACUUCUAUCCUGCAACUCGGGAAAAAACAGUUAAAUGCACAAUUGCAGGAUGGGUACCGACUCCAAGAUGUACUUUCAAACCUUGUGAUUUUCCAAACAUACCACAUGGAGCCCUACAUGAGGAAAGCAGACACAGACCAUACUUUCCAGUACCUGUAGGAAAACAGUUCUACUAUCACUGUCAUGAAAAUUUUGCGACGCCUUCCGACAGAACCUGGGAAUACAUCAGGUGCACAAUAACAGGAUGGAAGCCAGAAGUGCCUUGCCGCAGAAAAUGCCUCUUUAGUUAUUUGGAAAAUGGAAAGUGGAUAUGGAUAACAAAAGUAUAUUACCAGGGUGAAUCUGUGAUACCUCAGUGCAAUAAUGGCUUUGGUCUUCCAAAUGGGGAGAAAGUAAUGAAAUGUACAGAAGAUGGCUGGUCCCCUCCUCCCAGAUGCGUGCGUAUCAAAACAUGUUCAGAAAUAACAAUUCAGAAUGGUUUUUUUUCUGAAACUACUACUGAAUAUUCCUUAAAUAAGGAAGCACAAUACAAGUGCAAACCAGGAUAUGCAACAGCAAAUGGUAAAACUUCAGGAACAAUUAUAUGUCAGGAAAAAGGAUGGUCAGCUCAACCUGAAUGUAUUAAAUCUUGUGAGAGGCCGAGAUUUGAGAAUGCAUUAAGUAAAAGAAAUGGCACAUGGUUUAUGCUCCAUGACCAGCUGGAGUAUGAAUGCAAACCUGGCUAUGAAAACAGAGCAGGAAGGAGCAGUGGUUCCAUAAUCUGUCAGCGCAAUGGUUGGUCUGAACAACCUGUAUGCCUUGAAAAAGAAUGCACUGUCCCGAUGUUAGAUGAACACAUAUUUGCUAUGCCCUCAAAACAAAAAUAUAAAAUCGGAGAGGUGUUGAAAUUCUCUUGUAGAAAUAAACCUGUGAGAGUUGGACCAGACUCAGUUCAAUGCUAUCACUUUGGAUGGUCUCCUAAUAAUACAACAUGUAGAGAUUAUGCCAAAAAUUGUGGUUCCCCGCCUUCACUUUUGAAUGGAAAAUUGACAGAAAUGGAGAGAGACGUCUAUAAACACAAUGCCGUGUUGGAAUAUGUUUGUGAUCCUCAGUUUCUGAUGAAGGGUUCCAAGAAGAUUCAGUGUGUUGAUGGAGAUUGGACACCUCUGCCUAUGUGCAUUGCGGAGAAGCGUACAUGCAAAGAUAAACCUGAACUUGAGAAUGGCUUUGCUGAACCUUCUGCUCCUCUUUAUUAUCAUGGAGAUUCAGUCGAGUUCAGUUGCACAGUUGGAUUUACAAUGAUUGGAGAGAAAUCAACUACAUGUUUCCGUGGAAGAUGGACCCAACUUCCUAAAUGCAUUGCAACAAAUAAACUUAAGAAGUGUAAAAAAACAAGACUAAUUUCAUCUAAUUCAAGUUUACGUUCUAAGAAUUUCUUUGAUCAUAAUGACAAUGUAAAUUACACGUGUGAUAAUAAAUCAGAAAUGAAAUUCUCAACGUGCAUAAAUGGAGAAUGGAAUCCUGAAAUAAGCUGCAAAGAUAAACCAAUACAAGUAUGCCCACCUCCACCUCAGAUUCCCAAUAGUCAAAUUAUGACCACCACAGUCAAUUACCAGGAUGGAGAAAAAAUAUCAAUUCUCUGCCAAGAAAAUUAUCUAAUCCAGGAAUCAGAAGAAAUGGAGUGCAAAAAUGGAACCUGGGUGUCAGUACCACGCUGUGUAGAAAAACGUCCAUGUUCUGAACCACCUCAGAUUGCACAUGGGAACAUUACAUCAGCUAGAUCUUCACUAGGGCCUAAAGUUUACCCACAUGGCACCAUACUGAAUUACACUUGUCAAGCUGGCUUUAGGAUAUAUGAAGAAGACAACAAGAUAACGUGCUCCAUGGGACAAUGGAGUUCUCCACCUCAGUGUGUAGGACUUCCUUGUGGACCUCCACCUCCUAUUUCUCAUGCUCUACUUCCAUUCCACAAGGGAGAUGGUUACCAAUACGGAGAAGAAUUUACAUACAGCUGUUCUGAAGGUUAUGGAAUUGAUGGACCUGCAACAGCAAAAUGUUUAGGCGAAAAAUGGUCCAGUCCACCAGAAUGCAUAAAAACAGAUUGCUCAAACUUACCCGAAUUCCCUAACACCAUGCUCAUAGGUUCAAAGAAAAGCUCCUAUAAGUCAGGAGAAAAGGUGACUUAUAAAUGUUCAUAUAAUUACCAACUAGAUGGACCCAAUUUUGCACAAUGUGUUAACAGCAAAUGGAUAGGAGGACCAACAUGCCGAGAUGUUUCUUGUGGUCGUCCGCCCAUGGUUGAACAUGCUGUCACACGAAAUGAUAUGGGGAGCUACCCACCUGGUACACGAGUAUAUUAUGAAUGUGAAAAACCUUUUAAACUCUAUGGAGAAUCAGGAGAAGUGCAGUGUUUAAAUGGUUUCUGGACAAAACCUCCUCAGUGUAAAGACUCUGUAGGAAAAUGUGGUCCCCCCCCAUCUAUAGAAAAUGGAGAUACUACUUCAUACCAAGUCGGUGAAUAUGCUCCGGAAUCAAAAGUUGACUACCAAUGCCAAGCCCAUUAUGUACUCCAGGGAGACAGGACUAUAGUAUGCCGCAAUGGGCAGUGGUCAGAACCACCUAGAUGCCUAACUCCCUGUGUAAUAUCAGAAGACCUUUUGAAUGAACAUAAUAUAAUAUUCCGAUGGGCAGAAGAAAGGAAACUGUAUUCCGAGUCAGGGGACACUGUUGAAUUUGAUUGUAAAAGGGGAUAUCGUAGAAAGUCAUAUGAAUCAUUUAGAAAAACCUGUUACAAUGGAAAGAUAAUAUAUCCCACUUGUGUGUAAAAUAAUGUUUCUAGUGCAUUAUUAUCUAGAAAUUUAAAAUAUCUACAUUUAUUAUAAAAUUUCAACAGUAAUCCAUUCUUAUCAUCUCAUUCUUAAAGUUUAAAUUUUAUUCAUAAAUUCGCAAGUUAUGUUACACAUUAUGUGGAUCAUGCAAUUUUAAUCUGAGCGACCAGUAAAUUACAUUUUAAAUGUAGUACAUUAAAAGUUUGUAAAAAAUAAUGCAUGUAUCCUAUUUUUAAAACGUCUAUUUUUUUUAAAUUUGAUGUAGAAUCUUUUCUGCCUGCUUUCAUCUGUCAUUCUUCUAAUAUUAUCCCACCUCUGUCUCUAAGUUCCAGGGAUUUCUGAAACUCUAUUUCAAAGAAACUGUAGGAAUAUUCAUGUUUUCAAAAUGAUAUCAAUAACAAACACUUAAAACUCAGGCUAAAUUAAAUGUCUAUGUUAAGAAUAAAAUAUAAAUAGCUCACUUUUGUUUAUUUAUAACUAGA